AUGUCCAAUUCCACUACCCAAACCAAGGCUGAGCCCUCCGACCAGCCCCAGCAGCAACAGAAGCCCCAGGUUCUGGAAGAAGACGACGAAUUCGAAGAUUUCCCCGUCGAGGACUGGCCCCAGGAAGAAGCGGAGCAAGCCGCCGGCUCAGCAGCCAACGGCGGAAACGAGCACUUGUGGGAAGAGAGCUGGGAUGACGAUGAUGCCGCAGAGGACUUCUCCAAGCAGUUGAAGGAGGAACUCAAGAAGGUCGAGGCUGCGCACUAG